AUGUCGCUGUCCGGUGAAGAGCCGCUGCCGCAGAGCCCCAUGAUGGGCCCCGGAUCGGCGACGGCCGAUCAGACGAGUAUUGUCUCCGGUGGGAAACACGGGGGCAAGGCGGCGGCGCGGGGGAAGGGCAAGGGCAAAGGGAAGCGUGGGGGCAAGACAGGCGGUAAAGCGGGGAAGCGCGACAAGAUGACGCGUGCGGCGCGCGCCGACCUCAACUUCCCUGUUGGCCGCAUUCACUCCCGACUGAAGGACGGGCUGAACCGCAAGCAGCGCUGCGGCGCCUCCGCCGCCAUUUACUGCGCCGCGCUGCUGGAGUACCUCACGUCGGAGGUAAUUGAGCUCGCAGGGGCGGCGGCGAAGGCGCAGAAAACAGAGCGGAUCAAGCCGCGGCAUCUGCUGCUGGCGAUCCGCGGGGAUGAGGAGCUCAACCAGAUAGUAAACGCCACCAUCGCCCGCGGAGGUGUGGUGCCGUUUGUGCACAAAAGCCUGGAGAAGAAGAUCAUCAAAAAGUCAAAGCGGGCCGGCUGA